GUGGGGAGCACAAGUUAUUGAUUUGCCUCGUCGGCGUCCACCACCAUUAUCGCCGGAUUUUUAUAUAUUCACGUAGAAGAAGAAUGAGAAGACGAAAACCAACUUCUACUUCUUCUCAGUGGCUCUCUCUUUAUCUUUCUUGGAGUUUAGUUAGAGAUUUUAACGUUGCAAAUGGAUCAACCAAUGAAACCAAAAACUUGCUCUGAAUCUGAUUUUGCUGAUGAUUCCUCUGCUUCUUCUUCUUCUUCUUCGGGACAAAAUCUCAGGUUUUAGUGCUUAAAGAUGUUAACUUUACAUGGCUGUGUCAUGUUUAUUCAUAGUUUCGUCUAAUUACAGAGGAGCUGAGAUGGUGGUGGAAGUGAAGAAGGAAGCAGUUUGUUCCCAGAAAGCAGAGCGAGAGAAGCUUCGUAGAGAUAAGCUUAAGGAACAGUUUCUUGAGCUUGGAAAUGCACUUGAUCCGAAUAGGCCUAAGAGUGACAAAGCCUCAGUUCUCACUGAUACAAUACAAAUGCUCAAGGAUGUAAUGAACCAAGUUGAUAGACUAAAAGCUGAGUAUGAAACACUAUCUCAAGAGUCUCGUGAGCUAAUUCAAGAGAAGAGUGAGCUGAGAGAGGAGAAAGCGACUUUAAAGUCUGAUAUCGAGAUUCUUAAUGCUCAAUAUCAGCAUAGAAUCAAAACCAUGGUUCCAUGGGUACCUCAUUACAGUUAUCAUAUCCCCUUCGUAGCCAUAACUCAGGGUCAGUCCAGUUUUAUACCUUAUUCAGCCUCUGUCAAUCCUCUAACCGAACAACAAGCAUCGGUUCAGCAGCAUUCUUCUUCUUCUGCCGAUGCUUCAAUGAAACAAGAUUCCAAAAUCAAGCCGUUAGAUUUGGAUCUGAUGAUGAACAGUAACCAUUCAGGUCAAGGAAAUGAUCAAAAAGAUGAUGUUCGUUUAAAGCUCGAGCUUAAAAUCCAUGCCUCUUCUUUAGCUCAACAGGAUGUUUCUGGAAAAGAGAAGAAAGUAAGCUUGACAACCACUGCAAGCUCAUCGAAUAGUUACUCAUUAUCUCAAGCUGUUCAAGAUAGUUCCCCCGGUACCGUAAAUGACAUGUUGAAGCCAUAAACCAAUAAACAUAUUCCCCUGAACUUGUGUUUAAUACCGUGAUUGAGAAGGUACCAUGAUUAAACUUGUUGUAGAUUAUCCACAUGAUUAACGAUGUAUUCUUAUCACAAGCAAAUAAAACACAAAAGCAUUUGCUUAUAUCUCUUUGCAACUGAACUAUUGUCUAUGACCGAUGUUAUAAGACUUGAGAAACAUAUUCAAACCUAACGGCAGAU